ACCCCGUCCUCACUCACCCACACACACACACGCGCGUGCGUGCGUGCGCCUCUCAACACACACACACCCCCCGCUCAGACAAGUCAACCCCAUGGAACCACCAACCCCAGAGCUCCUAGUGACCCUAAAAAGAAUCUGAAAUACCACGAUAACUAACCUAACCUAACCUAACCUAACCUAACCCAAGUGAUCUUGAAUCGAAGUGUGAAUAUGUGUACAGUUAUCUCCCUCACCGGAGCCUAGCGUGACGGGGGGAUAACCCCUAGAUAACCCCUAGAUAACGCCUAGUGCGGAGACGUGAGCCGGACAUCCCUGAUCUAGAAGCCCAGGACCAAACAGCAGCAAAGAUGUGGGGGAAGCUGCUCAGAGACAUAAAGGUUAACCUCUUGUCUUCCGACCUGAUGCCAUUGAAAUUUCUCUUCUUCAUGCUCUAUGCAGCAAACACCACACUGUACCCGUAUCUAGCAGUCCACCUUCAGUCCCUGGGGUUCGGGGCGGACAAGGCAGGGGUCCUGCUGGCCAUCACGCCCCUGGUGGCCAUCAUGGGACCCCCUGUAGCAGGCGCUGUCGCCGACAAGUUAGGCAACUUUAAGCUGUUCUUCUCAGGGGUGGUGACCAUGACAGGGAUGAUGUCGCUGCUGUUACUCAUCAUCCCCCAGGUGCCCAUCCCCCCUGGGGUGGCCCUCACACUCAUCACCGACCACCACGUCUCAGAGCACCCCAGUGGACCAGAGAUCCACAAGCUGGCCAACGUGUUGCCCAAGGAGGAGACGGGCAAGUACGUUGAUGCUAAGUAUCUUCAAUUCAUCGUUAUCACCAACCAAACUGGCUGUGACUUUUAUGAUGAGUACCAGACCUCCAUGGACGGCAUUAACCAUAUCAAUAUCGGGUACGCGGCGCCCAUGGCGACGGUCAAUAUAACCUGCAUACUGAAGGCCAAGAACUUCUCCCUGAUGGCCGUGACGACACAACACCCGCUCUUCUGCCCGGACAACGUGCCGCUCGUCCCGCUCUCUAAGGGCGCCGAGGACCUCCUUCCGGAGAUCCUGGUGGACUACAACACCUCCGGCCUCAACCGGACGGUCAAUGGCAGCGUGGCGGAGACCAAGGAGGACGCGUGGUGGCGCAGCGGCUGCGAAGUGGAGGUGCCGGGGCUCUGCGAACCCCACCACGACGCCUUCAUCGGCGCCGAGAACCUCAGCUUCUGGACCUACCUCUUCGCGCGAAGUAUCCUCAACGGGGCGCUCAACGCUUGCUUCGCGCUCUUUGAGGGCGCCACGCUCUCCUUGCUCAGAGAGCACGGCGGCGACUAUGGCUUGCAGAGGCCAGCCUUCUACCUGUUUGUGGGCUUACAGGGGCUGGCGGGGCUGGUGGCUCUCUCUGUUGACCUGAAGUUCAAGACGCCCUGUGAACAGAUCAUCAAGAACAUCUGGAUGCUGAUGCACAAUCCGGAGGUGAUAAUGCUCUUCGUCGCUAUGAUGCUCUCAGGCGCGUUCUUCGGCUACCUGGAAGCCUUCCUCUUCUGGUUCCUGGGAGACCUUGGCGCCUCGAGGUCCCUGAUGGGGCUGACGGUGACUAUGGGGGCGGCGUCCGCCAUCCCCUUCCUCAUCUUCAUGUCCCCCAUCAUCAACAAGUUCGGCCACAUCAUUGUCAUCGCCUCGGGGUUCAUCAUGUAUGCCAUCAGGUUUGCUGGUUACGCCUCGAUCUACAACCCGGUGAGCGCCCUGUACUUCGAGGCCCUAGAGGGCAUCACCAUCGGCCUCAUGCUGUCCGCUGGGAUGACCUACGCUAACAAGCUGUGUACCACUGAGAACAUUGUCUCCCUACAGGCGCUGUGCGGCACGCUCUAUUACGGAGUGGGAAAGGGCCUGGGCAGCGUGGUGGGAGGGUAUAUGUACUACCACCUGGGUGCUCGCAAGACCUUCCGCAUGAUGACUGUGGCUAGCUUAGUCAGCGCUAUAAUCUUCCUCGUUUUCCAUAUUUACAUCCAACAACGCGACCGUCUUCGGGAACUCAACCGAUCGGAGAAAGAGAAGCUCUUAGCUGAAGAAGAUGUUAUUGAAGUAAUCAAGCUGAAAAUUCCUAAGGAGAAGAAAGCCAAGGAUAAAAAGUUGAAAAAACUUAAGGAUGGGAAACGCGGUAGCAUUCAGAUCGACUCCAAAGAGAACGGCUUGUACGAACUUCGAAGGGUAACUCUCAUAGAUGUUGAGACCCAGACUGAUCCGGUGCAGUUUGCGGCCUCUCUUGCUACUCCUGACACAGACGAUGACGAUGACGGAGCGGAGGAAUGAUCUAACUUCUAACAUCAAACACCAAAAUUAUCAAUACACUCAGAUACAACGUUAUUCCGUGCAUUAAAGUUACUACUUCUGGUUGGCAGCCAAUGUUAACAGUCCACAAGUCAAUGUAUUUUUUUUACAUGACAGAAGUAUUAACUAUGAAAUAUGAAAUGAGUCGAGUACUGUACAUUUCCCAUUUAUUAUGUAUAUGUAUAUACAUAUAUAUGUAUAAAUUUUACACUAUGGGCACCCGGCAUUGAAUGCGUGUCUCCCAUCUCCUUGUGUAUGUCAGAUUUUGCUACAAUGUACCUAUUCAUUUUACGUUAUCUGUUAGGUUAAGGACCUGUCCGUAACGCUACUCGUGUUAAUGGCUUUGUAAGAACACCAAUGUUAUGUACUCCCUCACAACCCAGUGUACCUUCUUGUAUAUAAAUAAAUAAGUAAAUAAAUA